AUGCCUCCCAAAAAAGAGGAGAAGAAGGCCAAGCCUUCGUCGACGAAGGUUGUUGCAGACAAGACCUUUGGCAUGAAAAACAAAAAAGGAGCCCAAGCCCAAAAGCAAAUUCAACAGAUCCAAACCCAAGCCGCCCAAGCCAAAACUCCCGAUCAGAAAAGAAAAGAGGCCGACAAAGCGCAACGAGAAAAGGACAAAGCCGCCUCAGAACAAGCAAAACGAGAAACAGCUGAGUUAUUCAAGCCGGUGCAAGUACAAAAGGUGCCUUUUGGGGUGGAUCCGAAGACGGUGGUGUGUACAUUUUAUAAGCAAGGAAACUGCGAGAAGGGAAAGAAGUGCAAAUUCAGCCAUGAUCUGUCGGUUGAGAGGAAAGGAGAGAAGAAAAACCUUUAUCAGGACACGCGGGAAGGGGAAGACGAGGCAAAGAAGAAAGAUGAUAUGGCCGAGUGGGACGAAGAGAAGUUAAGGCAAGUCGUCAUGUCCAAACACGGCAACCCCAAAACCACCACCGACAAAGUCUGCAAAUACUUCACCUCCGCGGUCGAAGAGGGCAAAUACGGCUGGUUUUGGACGUGUCCCAACGGCGGUGACAAGUGCAUGUAUAAGCACUCUCUCCCACCGGGUUUUGUCUUGAAAACAAAAGAGCAGCGCGCCGCAGAGAAAGCCUUAAUGGACAAAUCGCCCUUGAAAACACUAACAUUAGAAGACUUUUUGGAAUCAGAAAGGCAUAAACUUACCGGCACUCUCACGCCCGUAACACCAGAGAGUUUUGCCAAAUGGAAGAAAGAGCGGCUGGAUAAGAAAGCUGCAGAAGACGAGGCUCGGCAGGCGAAGGAAGCUACGGGAAGAGCCAUGUUUGAGAAGGGAGGCUGGGAAGACAGUGAAGAGGAGGAUGAAAGCGAAGAAGAGGAUGAAAGCGAAGAAGAGGAUGAUGCAGAAGAGGAUGAUGCAGAAGACGAGGUAGAUGAGUGGGACAUGGAAAGCAUGAGGCGAGAAACGGAGAGAAUACGGGAGGAGAAUGAGAAGAAGCGGUUGGAGGGCGUUGGAGGACAGGCGGCGAUUGAGACUAAUGGGGUAGAUGGACAAGGAGAAGAAGAGGAUGAGGCAGAGGGAGUCAAAGAAGUGGAGACUAAUGGGCUAAACGGGCAUGCUGAUGAUACAUAA